UCGCCAUGGCGGACGUGCAGCAGCUUCGGGUGCAGGAGGCGGUGGACACCAUGGUGAAGAGUCUGGAGAGAGAGAAUAUCCGGAAGAUGCAGGGCCUCAUGUUCCGGUGCAGCGCUGACUGUUGUGAGGACAGCCAGGCGUCCGUGCAGCAGGUGCACCAGUGCAUUGAGCGCUGCCACGCACCUCUGGCUCAAGCCCAGGCCCUGGUUACCAGCGAGUUGGAGAAGUUCCAGGACCGCCUGGCCCGGUGCACCAUGCAUUGCAACGACAAAGCCAAAGACUCCAUAGAUGCAGGGAGCAAAGAGCAUCCGGUGAAGCGGCAGCUGGAGAGUUGUGUGACCAAGUGCGUGGAUGACCAUAUGAACCUCAUUCCCACCAUGACCAAGAAGAUGAAGGAGUCUCUCUCAUCCAUUCAGAAAUAGCAGUCUUUGCCAUUGGCCAUGGAGGCUGAGGGCAGGAACCUGUUUAAAAUGAAGAGUGCGAAUGUUGGUCUUUUAAGCAGUGUAGGGAUGAAGAAAUUAAGGAUGGCAGCAAGUUUAAGGCAUGUGUCACUUGCCUCUGGACAGGGUUCUUUUUUGUUUAUUCCUAGAAAGUGAAAUGGGGGAAAAACUGGUGCUAAAGUUUGGGUCAGAGCGUUUCUGAGGGCCUAAAUUUUAUGUGGCAAAUGCUUAUCCUGGCAGCAGGCAUUUCCCUCAAAUGAAGCCAGAGCCCUCUGAGGUACCGACAAGCUGACAGUGUCCUCUAACCUGCCAGUGGUCUGGUGGGGGGGGAGGGGA